AUGACGAGUUCACUGUCUCAGUUUGAGCUAGCCAAAUCUUUUCAAAAUGGCGGAAUUAACAGAAUGCAUGAAGGAUUCCCUCUGCCUAGUGACGUAAACGCGAAGAAGAUGAGCAAUAUAUUUAGCACCUUCAAAACUGAAAUCCUUGAAUUCCAAGUCUCAGUAAAGGAAACAAUAGUAGCUUUGGGCGAAAAUGAACAAGAAUUCGAGAACGUCUCAAGCGAGGUGGAAGACUAUGUGACUCGGGUCUCAAGAAUUUUAGAGGUACUAUCAAGGGAUCAGAUUAAGGUGGCAUUCAUUGGGCAAACCAGCAAUGGAAAGAGCACCACAUUAAACGCCAUAUUACAAAGUGACCUCUUACCAAUGGGAAUGGGCUGUACUACAAACUGUUUUCUCAGUGUACAUUGUUCAGAUUCACAAGAGCCAGAUAUCUUGGUUCCAGACGGUGAUGGCAAAAAGAAUAUGCCAUUAGAUGAACUUACCUGUACCUUGUAUAAAGGAAAGCUUGAUCCUGGCAGUCGUGUUGAAGUGCGUUGGCCAAAGUCUAGUUGUAAUAUUUUAUCAGAGGAUGUUGUUUUGGUGGAUAGUCCUGGUAUAGAUGUGAGCCCUUAUCUUGAUAUGUGGAUAGAUGAGUACUGCUUGGAUGCUGAUGUGUUUGUCCUGGUUGCUAAUGCUGAGUCAACACUUGCGUUUGCGGAGAAAAACUUUUUUGACAAAAGGAAUCAGCAUCUUUCAAGACCAUACAUCUUCAUUCUAUAUAACAAAUGGGACGUAUGUGCAUCAGAACCUGAUAAGAUGGAGCUGGUGAAAAAUCAACAUCUCAGUAGGAGUACUAAUUUCCUUGUUGAUGAGCUAAAGUGUGUAGACAAAGAACUGGCUAAAGACAGAGUGUUUUUUGUCUCAGCUAAAGAGACCUUAAUGAGCAGAAUGCAGGAACACCAAGGAAUGCCUCAAGGAGCUGUUGCCAUUGACGAUGAAGGAUUUCUUGCUCGACAGAUGCAGUUUAAGAACUUUGAGCGCAAAUUUGAGGAGUGUAUUUCUCAGUCACCCAUAGAAACCAAGUUUAAACCUCUUGUGGACAGUGGAUUGGAAAUUGCAAACAUGUUAAAGGAUCGUAUGAAACAAGUAGAGGGUUCUGCAUUUCAGAAAAGAUCUCCACUGGAGAAAGCUAAGAAGGAGGUAGAGAAUAGUCUGAAGUAUGUGAAGGAACAGCUUGAAUUAUGUAAAUGUGAGGUGAAAUGCCUGAUCAAUGAAAUCACUUCUAAAGUUGCGGAUCAGAUAGCUGAGGCUACAACAGAAGAGAUUAGUCGACUGGGCUCGCUGGUGAAUAAGUUUAUUCAUCCAUUCCCAAAUUAUCUUUCGUACCUUGGGACUUAUAAAGAGCAUCUGUGCAAUCACCUUGAGAGUGACUUAGGAAGGAAUAUGAUGGCUUCUUCUUCAAAUUUUCUUAUGAUUUGUCAGGCACAUAAACAAAUGGCAGACCGCUUUCGUAGGAUUCUUUCGCCUAAAACACCAGAGUUAUCUCUUGAGCUCGUCACUCCAGCUCUUGAUUUCCAAGCGAAUUUCAAACUGACUGUGACCCGUCUUUGUAAUGAUUUUUCUGGAGAAGUGGAGUUUCACUGCUCUCUUGGCUGGCAAGCGAUUUUGAGGAAGUUCUUGAAGCGUCGACAUGCUGAAAAAGCCAUCGCUGUGGAAGGGAGAAUUCAGCGAAAUGUGCAGAGCUUGGUACGUACCGCACCAGCUGUCGUGCGAUGGCUAGCUUCACUAACGACACUCACUGCUAUACUGUUAAUCAUAGUUGGAGGACUGAUUUGGAAGACUGUAGGAUGGUGGUUAACGGCUUUGUGUGGUGUGUUAUACGGUGUAGUGUAUGUAAUUGAGAGGGUAUAUUGGGACGCUGGUGCCGGAGAUAAAGCUCUCAAACGACAGUUUGUGAACUACGCUUCUAAAGAGCUUCUGUCACAAGGCAGCGUCGUUGCCGCGAAAUGCAUUGAACAAGUGCAACAAGAACUGACGUCAACCUCCGCGAAGUUUGAGUAUCUGGUCCAGAAAGAAAAGGAAAAUUUGGAAAGAAAGAAAGCCGAACUUCAUGAAAAAAUAGCAAGCCUUGAGGAAAUCGAAGACAAUGCGAAAAUGUUAAGGAAAAGAGCAAGUUGGUUCGAAACCAAACUAUCCAAAUUCAUCUCUGAGUUUGGUGCGGAAAAGAGCAGGAUUUGA